AUGGCAAUAAAGAGAUGGGACUUAAGCAAGAAAACUCCCAAAUCCCGUACACAAAACCAGCCAAAACCACUAAGAGUAGUUCUUCCUCCACCAUUACUGGAUGCUGCACCACUUACAACCGAAGAAACCACACAAGAAUCACCCAAACAAUCUACUGAACCUACCGGAACCAAACGCAAGAUCUCAUCACCAAAAGGUGGUUCAUCUUCCGAAGUAGUCAAACGUUCGAAGCAGAGUGACCCCAAUAGUGCUGAAGAAAUAUCAAAGGAAAUGUCUGUUGGUUUCGGACUAGACAAAUACUGGAAGAAUUUCGUUGAGGAAGUUGUUGAAGUAGGAUCUGAUGAGGAAGGAAUUAAGGAAGCAGUAGAAAAAUUGAGGGAAGAAGGAAAAGAGGAAAAAGAACAAGAGCCUGUUCCCACUAAAACAGGAGAAGAAGAGGAACAGGAAGGAGAAGUUAGUAAGGAGGAAGCAGAUCAGGAGGAAGCCUUAGGAGAAGAUGCUCAUCACAAUCUCUGUACUGAUUCAAGUGAUGAAGAGAUAGUGAUAGCCUUAAGGAGAAAGGCUAAAUCUGUUCAAAGGAAGAGUAGGAGGAGUACCAACAAGCUACUUUUGCUUUUUGAUCCUGAGGUUGAGGCAACUGCUCGUAGAACACACGCAAGUGCAAAGAAAAGGAGAGCGGAGGCUCGUAAACAAGCUCAACAGGCCUCUCAAUCUCUUGACAUGGCGGCUCAGGCUCCCGAGAGAACUCUUAGGUAG